UACUCUUUCCAUUAUGGCAUUGAACUCACACUCAUCCAUUUCCUUUAAAAGAUCACUAUGCUUAUUUCUCUUCCUAGUAGUACUUCUCAACUUCAAAAUGGCGUCAGCUCAGUUGUCCACAGAUUUCUACAACUCAACAUGCUCCAAAGCACUCUCCACCAUCGAAGCUGCCGUAAUAAAGGCCGUGGCCAAUGAACAACGCAUGGGAGCGUCCUUGCUCCGCCUUCAUUUCCAUGACUGCUUCGUUAAUGGUUGUGAUGCUUCUAUUCUAUUAGAUGACACUUCAAGCAUCAACGGAGAGAAGACAUCAGCGCCAAAUGUAGGCUCCGUGAGAGGUUACGAUGUAAUUGACACUAUAAAGUCUCAACUCGAAAGUAUUUGCCCUGGAGUCGUUUCUUGUGCAGAUAUACUAGCCGUUGCAGCUCGUGAUUCUGUUGUUGCAUUGGGGGGACCUUCCUGGAAGGUUGAGUUAGGAAGAAGAGACUCGACAAAUGCAAGUUUUACUGCCGCAAAUACCCAACUCCCAUCUUUUAUAUUGGAUCUUGAUGAUCUCAUAACUACUUUCUCACAGAAGGGAUUUACCGAAAAAGAACUGGUAGCUCUUUCAGGAGCUCAUACAACAGGCGAAGCUAGGUGUGUUACGUUUCGCAACCGAAUCUAUAAUGAGACGAACAUCGAUUCUUCAUUGGCAACAUCGUUGAAAACGAACUGCAGUUCAAGCACAGCUGAUGAUGACAACCUUUCUUCACUUGACGCCACAAGCCAUGUUAUAUUUGAUAAUGGUUAUUACAAGAAUUUGGUGAAGAACAAGGGGCUCUUGCAUUCGGAUCAGCAACUCUUUAGUGGGGGCUCUACAGAUUCUCUGGUCACCAAUUACAGUGAAAAUGCUAAUGAGUUUUAUAAGGAUUUCGCCAAUGCCAUGCUCAAAAUGGGGCAACUUAGCCCGCUAACAGGAACCAAUGGUCAGAUUCGUACCAAUUGCAGUAAGGUCAACUAAUUCAAUGACUUUAGAACAUUUAAUAUAUAAUUAAUAAUAAUAUUGAAUAAGUUAAUAAUGAAGAAUAAUUUGUCAUUACAGUGAGAUUUAUUCAACUAGCAGUACGUAUUUACUCUCUAGCUAGCUAAUACUAGAGAUAUGGUCAAUUAAUUAAUGGUUGUGAUAUAUAUAUAUGUUGUUUUUCUUGGAUGCAAAGUUUCUCAUCCUCACUCUUCACUCCUUCCGUUAAUUAACUAUCUCUUUUGUGUGCGCGUGUUUAAUUUGUUAUUGAAAAAUCAAACUGUACUUACUAAUAAGGUGUGAGAAUAGGGCAUAAUACAUUUAGAAGUUAAUUUCUAU